GCCCCUCCCUCGGUCCAGUCCGGUCCACCCUGUUCCACUCCCUUGUAUCCGAUUGGCGGCCGACUGCCAGCGGGACCCACAGGAUUACAUCAUGUCUUCAUCCACCACCUCACCUGGCCAGCCGGAACAACCGAAAACCACUCCCCCGUCUCCCAGCCCCAGCGCACUUCCUACUCUGACCGUGUUCGAUGGAGUUUCGAAUGCCCUCCUGCUCAGCUCGAUCGGAUUCCUGUUGGGAGCUCUCUUUAUGGCCCUAACGACGGACUAUGCGCUACUCUACACCCAUGCACCGACGACGGCCGAGGCCUAUCUGGCAGCGGAACAGGCAUACUUAACGCUAUGGACCAGUCCACUCGCCGUCAAGGCGAUCUUCCACCUGCUUCUCCUCUUACCGAUCUUCACACUUUCAGUCAAGGUCUCCCGAUAUACGGAGGCGGCGAUCUACUUCGACGGGCUCUGUUUGGGAAUGAUGCUCUUAGUCCUGGGGCUCUACACCGGCUCGACGGUCCCGAACCUACGCAAGCUGGCCUUCGAACCCUCGACCCAAGCGCUCGCAGACCUGGUCAAGAACUCCCUCAAUCUCAAGAUCCCCACCGACUUCGAUCCGUUGUCGCCAACAAGCGUCAUCAACCGACUCCUCGUCCUGCUCAGUCACCCGGCCAGUAUCCUCUUGAAACCCCAGAAGGCCCUCGAGAGCGAGCAGGAGUUCAAGAAAGCGCUCGAGCUCAAUCCGCUCGAUGAGAAGAGUCGCCACGAGCUGCUCGCUGUCACCGCUGCGGGUCACUCGAUCGCCAUCUUCUUGCUCAUCGGGAUCAUCGUCUUGCAGAUCGGUAAGGUCUAUGCUGAGGUCGAGGAUGCCAAGUUGAAGGCUCGAUUCGAACUCGAAGAAUCUAAUCGAGUCGCACAGGAUAGAAAGGACCAGUGAAGCUCACAUGCUCAUUCCCAUUCCUUCCUUCUCCUCCCCGUCUUCACCCUUAUAUAAUCUUGGUUCGGAUCCCGACAAGAUUAGCAAGCGAGGGGGAAGAUGGCUUCAAUAUUCCUCAUCGCCAUGCCCCCCCCCCCCUCUUCGAUGAACUUCUUGUUGUUUUCUAGAUUCCUUGUUUGUAUUCUUU